AUAAGCUUUGUCAUCACGUAUUUCAGCAGUUCGCGAAUACACAUCGAUCGGAAUUCAACAAUUCUAAGUGAUAAAACACACAAGCAAUGGGUCAGGCGUGUGAAAAACAAACUGAUAUACGAGCAUCAGCUCUGGAACUCAUUGGUAACACUCCAUUGGUUGCUUUGGAUCGUCUUUAUACAGGUCCUGGACGUCUUUUAGCCAAGUGCGAAUUCAUGAAUCCAGGUGGAUCUAUUAAAGACCGAGCUUCGUACCAUAUGAUACAAAAGGCACGAUUACGAGGAGAACUUAAGCCUGGAGACCUUGUUAUAGAAGCAACUUCUGGUAAUCAAGGAUGCGGCCUCGCAGUGGCUUGUUCAGUUUUGGGACAUCCCUUGACUCUAACCAUGUCUAAAGGCAAUACCGUACAACGUGCAAUCCAUAUGGAAGCUCUUGGCGCUACAUGCAUUAGAGUUCCACAAGUCGAAGGCACAUAUGGCAACGUGACAAAUGCAGAUCUUAUGGCAGCUAAAGAUAAAGCUAUAUCUAUGGAAAAGGAAACUGGAGCAUUUUUCGUAAAGCAAUUCCUUAAUGAAGACAACAUCGAAGCUCACUAUACCAGCACUGGCCCGGAAAUUUGGCACCAAACCGCGGGCAGAGUGAAUGCUUUUGUGACCGCUGUUGGCACGUCGGGUACUUUUAUGGGUGUUUCGAAAUUUUUGAAGAAACAGAACCCUAAGAUACAAUGCUACGUUGUAGAACCCGACGGCUGUGAACCAAUAAAAGGAAAGCCGAUAACCAAAGCAUCCAAUACACUUCAAGGAUCGAGUUAUGGCGUUGUUCCAGAUCUGUUUAAAUAUGAAGUCAUGAAUGAUACCAUUACAGUCACAGAUGAAGAAGCUGAGGAAUACAUGCAUUUAAUUGGAAAGAAAGAAGGUUUAUAUGUAGGAUAUACCAGUGGCGCCAAUGUAUGUGCAGCUGUCAAGUUGCUAAAAUCAGGGAAGUUACCUAAAAACGCGUGGGUCGUAACUAUUCUCUUUGACACGGGUCUUAAGUAUACUCCCGUACCUGAAUCAUUGAUGUAAACUUUGAUAAGUUAUUAAAUAGGAAAAUAUUGUAAGUAAUACGCUUAGUAAGGAAUGAAGCGUAAAAAUGAUCAAAGCGUAAAUAGGACCUACAGUACUUCAAAACGCUUCAAAGAUCUUAACGUAAAAUUUAUUUAUUAAAAAACAUGUGCUACCAUUACUGAUUACUCUAAUGCGGUAACUAUUAAAUUUACAUCACAUACUAACACAUAUGUAUAGAAAAAAACAACAGAACAUUUAAGAGUAAUAAAUGAAAGUAAAAUUGAAACGUAAUAAAAAAACAAUUUGUUACAGUAUAGCAACUGACAUAAAUCAAACCCUUUUGUCAGUAAACCCCACGGACAGUUAAAAACGUCUAUGGAGUUCAUUACUUUUUUCAUACAUUGUGUCAUAUGUGCCUUUUCCAAGAGGUUAGUUUAGCUGAGGGUACGAAAUUAUUGGUAUAUUGUAACCCACUUACAAACUCACAUUAAGUAAUCAGCCAUUGCUCAACAGUAACUCAUAUUGUAACUUAGUAGGUGUGUACUGGUAGUACUAAGUAAGUGAUAAUUAUAGUUUAUGUAAGUUAUUCUCACGAAUGUAAUUAUUAGGUGUAAAAAUAGGAUACGUUAUAAUGCGAUAUUUUAAGAUACAGAUUUAAUGAAAAAUAAAAAUAAUUUUAUAAAGAGAUGAAAUUCCAUUUAAUGGCUUCGUUAACGAUGUCACAAUUCCCAAAUUUAUAUACAUUUUUAGG